CGGAGGAGAGGCUGCGGGAGAAGGGAGGGACCAGAGGAGAGAGCCAGAGAGGGAUCCAGACCCCAGUUCGCCGACUAAGCAGAAGAAGAUCCAAAAACGCUAAAGAGGAGAAGAACAGUCACUUUUAGGAACAAUCCCCUUAACUCCAAGUCGACAGCGCUCUAGGAAUUCAAACUCAAGUGCCUACCGAAGACAAAGGCGCCCCCAGGGAGUGACGGUGCGACCCCAGGGCGUGGGCCCCGCCGCGGAGCCCGCACUGCCCAGCUGACCCGGCAGUCUCGGACCAUGUCUCCCGCCCCACGACCCUCCCGUUGUCUUCUGCUCCCCCUGCUCACGCUCGGCACCGCGCUCGCCUCCCUCGGCUCGGCCCAAAGCAGCAGCUUCAGCCCCGAAGCCUGGCUACAGCAGUAUGGCUACCUGCCUCCUGGGGACCUACGUACCCACACACAGCGCUCACCUAAGUCAUUCUCAGAGGCCAUCGCUGCCAUGCAGAAGUUCUACGGCUUGCAAGUAACAGGCAAAGCUGAUGCAGACACCAUAAAGGCCAUGAGGCGCCCCCGGUGUGGUGUUCCAGACAAGUUUGGGGCUGAGAUCAAGGCCAAUGUUCGAAGGAAGCGCUAUGCCAUCCAGAGUGUCAAAUGGCAACAUAAUGAAAUCACUUUCUGCAUCCAGAAUUACACCCCCAAGGUGGGCGAGUACGCCACCUACGAGGCCAUUCGCAAGGCGAUCCGAGUGUGGGAGAGCGCCACAUCACUGCGCUUCCGUGAGGUGCCCUAUGCCUACAUCCGUGAGGGCCAUGAGAAGCAGGCCGACAUCAUGAUCUUCUUUGCCGAGGGCUUCCAUGGCGACAGCUCACCCUUCGAUGGUGAGGGCGGCUUCCUGGCCCAUGCCUACUUCCCAGGACCCAACAUUGGAGGGGACACCCACUUUGAUUCUGCUGAGCCUUGGACUCUUGGGAAUGCGAAUCUGGAUGGAAAUGACAUCUUCCUGGUGGCUGUGCACGAGCUAGGCCAUGCCCUGGGGCUCGAGCAUUCCAAUGACCCCUCGGCCAUCAUGGCACCCUAUUACCAGUGGAUGGACACAGAGAACUUUGUGUUGCCUGAUGAUGACCGCCAGGGCAUCCAGCAACUUUAUGGGAGUGAGUCAGGGUCUCCCACCAAGAUGCCCCCUCAAUCCUGGACCACCUCCCGGCCUUCUGUUCCUGAUAAGCCUAAAAAACCCACCUAUGGGCCCAACAUCUGUGAUGGGAACUUUGACACCGUGGCCAUGCUCCGAGGGGAGAUGUUUGUCUUCAAGGAGCGCUGGUUCUGGCGGGUGAGGAAUAACCAAGUAAUGGAUGGAUAUCCAUUGCCCAUUGGCCAAUUCUGGAGGGGCCUGCCUGCAUCCAUCAACACUGCCUAUGAGAGGAAGGAUGGCAAAUUCGUCUUCUUCAAAGGAGACAAACAUUGGGUGUUUGAUGAGGCGUCCCUGGAACCUGGCUACCCCAAGCACAUUAAGGAGCUGGGCCGAGGGCUGCCUGCCGACAGGAUUGAUGCUGCUCUCUUCUGGAUGCCCAAUGGAAAGACCUACUUCUUCCGGGGAAACAAGUACUACCGUUUCAACGAGGAGCUCAGGGCAGUGGACAGCGAGUACCCUAAGAACAUCAAAGUCUGGGAAGGGAUCCCAGAGUCUCCCAGAGGGACAUUCAUGGGCAGCGAUGAAGUCUUCACUUACUUCUACAAGGGGAACAAAUACUGGAAAUUCAACAACCAGAAGCUGAAGGUGGAACCAGGCUACCCCAAGUCAGCCCUUCGGGACUGGAUGGGCUGCCCGUCAGGAGGCCGGCCGGAUGAGGGGACUGAGGAGGAGACAGAGGUGAUCAUCAUCGAGGUGGAUGAGGAGGGCAGCGGGGCAGUGAGCGCAGCUGCCGUGGUGCUGCCCGUGCUGCUGCUGCUCCUAGUGCUGGCGGUGGGCCUUGCGAUCUUCUUCUUCAGACGCCAUGGGACCCCCAGGCGACUGCUCUACUGCCAGCGUUCCCUGCUGGACAAGGUCUGACGCCCACCCCCGGCCUGCCCACUCCUACCACAAGGACUUUGCUUCUGAAGGCCAGUGGCAGCAGGUGGUGGUGGGUGGGCUGCUCCCACCGUCCCGAGUCCUCUCCCCGAAGCCUCCUUGCUUCUUUCUUUUCCCUGGCUGGCCUCCCUCCCUCUGACCCCUCCCCCAAGCCCAGGCAUUGCAUCUUCUCUAGAUGAGUCCCCUGAGGGCUGAGUGAGCGGGUGACCCACUUCCAGCCUCUGCCCUUCAGCGGAACCCUGUAGCUUUGUGUCUGUCCAGUCCCAUCUGAAUGUGUUGGGGGCUCUGCACUUGAAGGCAGGACCCUCAGACCUCGCUGGUAAAGGUCAAAUGGGGUCAUCUGCUCCUUUUCCAUCCCCUGACAUAUCUUAACCUCUGAACUCUGACCUCAGGAGGCUCUGGGCACUCCAGCCCUAAAAGCCCCAGGUGUACCCAAUUGGCAGCCUCUCACUACUCUAAUGGCUAAAAGGAAUCUAAUCUUGUUGGGGGUAGAGACCCUGAGACAGUGUGAGGGGGUGGGGACUGCCCAGCCACCCUAAAACCUUGGGAGGAAAACUCAGAGAGGGUCUUAGUUGCUCAAUCAAGUUCCUCGGAGAUCUGCCUCUGCCUCACCUACCCCAGGGAGCUUCCCAGGAAGAAGCCUGAGCCAUUGGGGACUAAUGGGGCAGAAGAAGCCCUUAGCAGCCCUAUGCCUCUUGAAUGUUAGCCUUGGAUGAGGCUUUCACAGUUAGAAGAGCUAAAACCAGGGGUGCAGCUGUCAGGGUACAAUGAGGCCAGUGGGAAAGGCCCAGGUCAGAACCCUGGGAGUGACCCUGAAGGCCACAGAGAAAGAACCUUGCCCAAACUCAGGCAGCUGGGGCUGAGGCCCAAGGGCAGAGCAGCCAGAGGGGGCAGGAUGGAACCAAAA